AUGGCUUCAACAGGUGGCGGCUGGGCCCAGCUGCGCCAACAGGCCCGCUCUCUCGAAUCUCAGACUGAAGCUCUAUUCCACACAUACUCGCAGUAUGCCUCGAUGACCAACAUCCCCCAAAAGCCCACCGAAGAGGAGCGGCGCACCGAAUCGCAGAUCCAAGACUUGCUGGAAAAGCGCGACGCCCUCGUUGGGCAACUAACACGGCUCCUCGACUCCUCGGCCGACCUGACCUCCUCCGCGCUCAAACAGAACAACCUCGCCCGCCAUCGCGAGAUACUCGCCGACCACCGGCGCGAGCUGUCGCGGCUCCGGUCCACCAUCGGCACCGCCCGCGACCGCGCCAACCUGCUCUCCGACGUGCGCUCCGACAUCGACGCCUACCGCGCUGCCAACCCCGCCCAGGCCGAGGCCGACUACAUGCUCGACGAACGCCGCCGCAUCGACAACAGCCAUAACAUGGCCGACUCUGUCCUCUCUCAGGCCUAUGCUGUCAACGAGAACUUUGGCUUCCAGCGCGAGACCCUCGCCAGCAUCAAUCGCAGAAUCACUGGCGCCGCGAGCCAGGUGCCUGGUAUCAAUACCCUUAUGAGCAGAAUCGGCGCUAAGAGGAGGAGAGACGGAAUCAUUUUGGGCAGUUUUAUUGCGUUUUGCUUCCUUAUGCUCAUGUGGUUUUGGUGA